GCAUCCACCUGCCAGCUGCCCUGUGUAGAGGGCUGCCAGUGCGACAAGGGUUUCGUGCUCAGUGUUGACAAGUGUGUGCCAGAGACCUCGUGUGGCUGCACCCACAAAGGGCGCUAUUACCCACCAGGGAAGACUUUUUGGACAGACAACACAUGCUCUAAAAAAUGCACAUGCAAUUCUGGAAACCUUCAGUGCACUGACACCAAGUGCAAGAGUUCUGAAGUGUGUUCUUUGAGGAAUGGCGUGAGAGACUGCUACCCACUCUCCUACGCCACCUGCUGGGGCUCCGGUGACCCACACUACCGCUCGUUUGAUGGUAAGAGAUUUGACUUCCAGGGAACGUGCACAUACUACCUGUCCAAACUAGUCAACACUGAAGAUCCAACUUUGAAACCUUUUGAGGUGCAAGUCCAGAACGAGAACCGAGGCCGAAACAAGGCAGUGGCCUACACCAAGACAGUCUUGAUCAAAGUGUAUGGACACACCAUUGUGUUGAGUAGUGAUAACCCGGGAAGAGUACUGCUUAACGUUUUUGUAAACUUGCCAAUUACACUGGAAGAGGGACGACUGUCAAUUUUCAGAAGAGGCCGGACUGGAGUGGUUAAAACCGAGUUUGGCUUGGAAGUGCAGUAUGACUGGAGAAGCUAUGUGUCAGUUACUCUCCCAAGCACCUACAGUGGAGUGGUGGGUGGCCUGUGUGGAAACCUCAAUGGCAAUGGUCACGACGACAUGCUUACACCCAACAACACCAAUGCCAAAAACCCAACCAAGUUUGGUAUAAGCUGGAAAGUGAAGGAUGACCCUCGGUGCAAAGACACAUGCGAAGGCCAGAAGUGCCCUGUGUGUGACAUCAACGCAGAGGCGAACAAGGAUUUCCGAACAGCCUGUAGCAUCCUCAAGAACAAGGCUGGUCCCUUCAAGGACUGUCACAGCAAAGUGAAUCCAGAGCAGUACUAUAAUGACUGUGUUUAUGACAUGUGCAUGUAUAAUGGCCACUCUUCUGCUCUCUGCAAUGCCCUCAGCACAUACACCACGGUGUGCCAGGAGGCCAAAGCCAGGAUCUACGUUUGGAGAACAAAGACAUUCUGUCCGCUGGCCUGCCGGGCAAACAGCCACUAUGAGGUGUGCAUGUCUGGCUGUUCUGAGAUGUGUCGCGGAGCCGAGGAGCCAGAGAGCUGCGAGAGCGCCCCCUGCAGGGAGGGCUGCGAGUGCGACGACAACUUUGCGCAGAGCGACGGACAGUGUGUGGCAGAGGAUCAGUGUGGCUGUGAGCACAAAGGGCGCUACUACCAGCAAGGACAUGUAUUUUUCCUCGGUGACCAGUGCACAGGCCGUUGUGUGUGUGGGAACGACGGCAGGGUACAAUGCCAAAGCAACUUCUCUUGCGGGCCCCAUGAAGUGUGCCGCAUCCAGGACGGGACCAAGGCGUGCUUCCCCACUGCCAGAGCAGCUUGUUCUGUGUCAGGGAGGGGACACUACAGCUCAUUUGAUAACAGGAGGUUUAGUGUUCCUGGGAACUGCGUGUACAAAAUGGCAGAGGUCGUCAAGGACCAAGAUGGUAAGAGGGUUCCCUUCAGUGUGGUAGUCCAUCAGGACUCAGCACCCAAUCAUCCGACGGUUACCCGCAGUGUCCAAAUACAAGUCAAUGACUACAACAUCAUCAUGCUUCCUGGAAGAAUCUGGGAAGUAACGCUGGAUGGUAUCAGAGUGAAUCUCCCUCUCCAACUGGACGACGGGAAGGUGCGAGCUUAUCAGAAUGGCCUCUUCAUCAUUCUGCUGACUGACUUUGGUUUGGAGGUGACCUAUGACACCGUGUCCAUGGUCAGAGUAGAAAUGCCAUCCUCUUACAAAGGCGUACUGUUGGGCCUCUGUGGCAACUACAACGACAACCCAGCUGAUGAUUUCGCCCUACCCAAUGGUACCAAGGCCCUUUCAGCAGAAGACUUCGCCAAGGGCUGGGUAGUGGCUCAGGAGGGUGUGAAAUGUCAGACAGGUUGUGGUUCUCAGUGUCCCACUCCCCCGCCAGGCAUACCGGAGGAGUCCAAAAAGUUGUGUGAAAUCUUGAAAGACAUUAAGGGUCCAUUUUCGAAGUGCCAUACAACUGUUCCCCCACAAGAGUACUUCAAUAAAUGCGAAAAAGACCUUUCAGACCAGGGGGGGAGUAAAGAUGUCCUCUGUCAACACUUGCAAAACUACGUUGCUGUCUGCCAGGAAUCUGGGGCUUCGGUUGACAGCUGGCGAAAUGAAACAUUCUGUCCUAUGAAGUGCCCAAAGGACAGUCAGUAUGAGCUCUGUGCUGACACCUGUUCCACUACCUGUGCCAGUCUAACUACACCUCAGAAGUGCUCACACUGCCAGGAGGGAUGUGAGUGCGUGGAUGGAUUUGCAUUUGAUGCAGGGACGUGUAAGCCAUUUGGGAAAUGUGGAUGUGUGGCUGAUGGACGAUAUUAUAAGUCUGGGGAGGCGGUGGUGAGGGAAGACUGCACGGAGAACUGCACCUGUGUAGAUGGUGUGUUUUCAUGCGAGCAAACACAGUGCACAGCAGAACAGGUCUGUGAUAUCAGGGGAGGAGUAAGGAACUGCUAUCAACUGGACCCUUGUGAGGCAAAGAAGUGCCGUGAAAAGGAGAGGUGCGUCACGAAUGGCACCAAUGUCCAGUGUGUGGCAGAGUCCAAGGCUACCUGCUGGGUCAUGGGGGAUCCACACUACCGGAGCUUCGAUGGAAAGCUUUUCUCUUUCCAGGGCUCGUGCAUAUACACCCUGGUUCAGACGACAGGUCUUGACAGCACCCUGACGCCUUUCAGCAUUGUGACUGAAACCGAGAUGGAAAAUCUGCACAGAGGCUCCUACGUAAAGACCGCAACCAUUAGCAUUGAAGGUGUCAAGAUCGUUGUUGUCUAUCAGGAUCCUGGCACAGUGGUGGUUGAUGGCUCCACUUUUAAGCUCCCUCUUACUCUCAAGUCUGGGAAAAUCAGAAUUACCCAGAAGUCCUACCAGGGUUUCAUCAACACAGACUUCGGAGUGGAUAUUGUCUUCGACUGGGGGGAGGUCUUACAGGUCACUGUGCCUAGCAGCUACCACAACAAUCUUGAGGGCAUGUGUGGAACCUACAACGGUGACCAGGCAGAUGAUUUCUCCAUGCCCGAUAGCACCCCCCUCACCAACCUUACCAAGUGGGCAGAAGCCUGGAGCCUCCCUGAGUCCAACAGAACCUGCUGGCACUCCUGCCAAGGUGAAUGCCCAGUCUGUACAGCAGAGGACGAGGCACUCUAUAGACAGAAGGAUUACUGUGGCGAGAUCGGAGAGAAGAACGGUGCGUUCUCCGCCUGUCAUGCCAAGGUCCUGCCAGGGAAGCUGCUAAAUGACUGCCUUUACAACAUGUGCAUCCACGACGGUGACAACAGGAUGCUCUGCAGGGUCAUGAACAAUUAUGCCAAAAUCUGCCAGAUGAACGGUGCUGAGAUUUCUAAACAGUGGCUGCAGACACUCGACUGCUAAGUCUGGAGAGAAGGGGCUGAGUCGCUGAAGAAGAUACUGAAGGAAACCAGCAGAGUUAUCUCUACACAGAAACCAAACUACAGCAUCAGCCAAGAAUACCACCGCAGCAAUUUUGCUCUCAUCCAGUAAAUGAGUAAAACAAAUAUAUC